AUGAGCUUUGAUAACUAUUCCUUUCAAAAGUCAGACUCAGCUGAUACUACUGAAUCAAACUUUGGAACUUCUAUUUCAGGUGAUGGCGGCUUAAGACCUAGCUCAUUUGUAGGUUCUCAAAAUUCAGGGUCUCAAAACAGAUCUGACCUAUCGCCUACUUCAGAAGGGCAAAAAAUUUCAGCCUCCAUGAACCAGGAGGCUCAAUAUGAUCUCUAUGGAGGUGGCAAGUCAGAAUCUAACCCUUCUCUGUCUCCAGUCCACUGGCAACAGCAACAGUCUUCUGCAUCAACUCCUCAGAUCCCAAGUCUUGGAGAAGCAUCUGGUAAUUCUUUCCCUUCACUGACGAGAUCUCAAACAUUAGGAAUAAGCUCGCCAAACAAAUACGGUGCCAAUUCCUACCCAUGGGCUCCGUUUGCAACCCCCUCAUCUGCAACGAAUAAUUUUAAUUCUGGAUCUGCAGCUAGUAGAGAUCUGUGGUCCAGUACCGCUGCUUCUGCAUCAGCAGGAAUGAUGACAUCAAACACAAGCACUUCAUCCAAUCCCACGAAACUUCAAUCCAAAUAUUACCCGGGCGCUGAUCCCAUUUUCAAUUCCUUUUAUGACACUUCUGCAACCAGUGCUCCACUGGCAACUUCUUCUUCAUUAUCACAUGCCGACAUGGACACACUGGCGAUGCAGUUGAUGCAGUUGAAUUUACCCAAGUCGUCUUCGAACCUGAAUACUUUCAAUGGUCCGUCCAAAGUACCUUCAUUUCAGAAUCCUGCGGAAUACGGUUCCAAGUGGCCGAGUUUUUCUGGACAGUCUACGAGCCCGUCGGCGCAUAUUCCGCCUCCAAUUGAUUACAAUUCCAGACAACAGCUAACCCAUGAAAAGUCUAGAAGUGUUCAGCUUACAAAUGCAGAUUCUGGGGAUAUGAAUUCGGAAAUCGAGAACGACCGGGUGCAACUAGAGCUCAAAAAUUCAAUCAUCACCAAAUUGGAGAACGAGAACUCACGCUUGAAAAUGGUUCUCAAAGUGUCAAGCAACAAAGAGAACGAUAACAGCCCUUUCGAAAUCCCCAAAAAUCACGAACAGUUAUACAACAAAUUAGCCGAAAAGUUGCAAGCUACACAGGACGAACUCGAGGACACUAAGUUGAGAUUGGAGGUCAUAUUGACAGCAAUUGCAUUGAACCCUAAUCAAUCCGUCACCAAGACAGGUAGGUAUGACGAAGAAGAGAUUGCGCACAAAGUUAUCACUAAAAUGCAAAUGUUGACUGAAGAGAACGAAGAAAUGGCAAAAAUGUUGAGUUACGGAAAGUCAAAGGAAAAAGAUAUCGAGAUAGGACUUUUGAGAAAGCAGAACACCGAGCUCAAGACUAAGAUCAGUAAGCUAGAAACAAAGGUCAAGGAGCUGAAAAAAGCCUUUCUUGACAAAGUUUCAGUAAAGCCCAUUGAGAUCAGAGAUUGGACUUCCUGUUCUGAUUCCGAUUUGGAUGAGGACUGUGCUGAUGGAUCAAACGGCUCAUCAAUAUCUGGAUCUUCCAUAUGA